AUGUCCGACGACACGGCCAUGACCACGCCCGCUCCCACAAACACGUCCACAGCCGCGUCCUCUACCCAUGUUGACCCGGCCAUAUUUUCAUCACUCCAAACAAAAAUCGACGAAGAGCAAGCGAUCCGCGACGAGCUUAAGACGCAUGUAGACGCGCUCUCGAAGCAAGGCCGGCUGACCCAGUCCAUCCUCUCAAGAAUCCACAACACACCUACAGAAGAACUUGAAGCGAAUGUCCUUAAUCCGUGCUACGAUGCUCUCUCAGAACAGACGAAAACCGUGAAAGCGCUAGCAGAGUCGGCGUCCAAAUACCCCUUCUACAAGUGGAAUUCGAUCUGGCAGCGCGAUAUCCAGACUGUCAUCAGCAGCCUGCAACUCUGCGACUGGCUGAAGAGUGGCAAUCUUUUGACUUUGGAGCAAAUCGGCCAGAGACUUGAUGUGCCCGUCAACCUCAAAUCCGAAGAUACCUUCCACAUCACGGUCGAAGACUACCUCCUCGCCCUGAUUUCGACCAUCGAAGAGCUUGCGCGCCUGGCUCCUAACGCAGUCACGCUGGGCGACUAUGCGCGACCGCUGCAGAUUUCAAAGUUUAUCAAGGACGUCCACGCCGGAUUCCAACUCUUGAACCUGAAGAAUGAUAUUCUGAGACGGCGCGCCGAUGGCGUCAAAUAUAGUGUUAAGAAGGUGGAGGAUGUGGUCUACGAUCUAAGCCUGCGAGGGUUGAUCCCCAAGACUCCGGGGACGGGUUGA